AUGUCGGAAGUGAUAUACCUCAGCGACAGACGGUAUCCUGGCCCAGAUUCUCAUGCUGCUUCAAGGGACAUCCAAGGUCUACCAACGCAGGCAGAGCUCGAUUCCUACCCCAGGAUGUUCACCUGGGGUGAAUUGAAGGAUAUCAUUGUUAGCGGUCAACUAGAAGGUCUCAUGCGAAACAAACAAAUGCAAGCAAAGUACAACGAGUGGAUCAAAGGAAUCAAACUAGAAUAUGGAUCCACUGAAAAUUAUCUGAAACGAGGUCGUUUGCCAUUCCCUGAUACAAGUUCCCCACCGAUCAAUGGGCAGUCCAAAUCUCGGGAACAUGUACAAACCCAGCACGAGUACCUAACAUAUGAUUCAGAGAAAGGGCUGGAUACGGAAAAAUAUGCUGUUCUGCCUAAUGAUUGGCCGUACAAUAUCCCAUAUGGCGUCAGACAUUUUUGUGUUUGGUCAAAGCUACCGAUUGGACAUCCUUCUUUGGUAGAUAACGAUUCCAAAGCAUGGGCUAAGAUAGAAGAAGAAGGACUGGGUGGAUUUACAGGUAUCAUACCUGUUUCAGCACCUGAAAGACCAGUCUUAGACCCUUCAUGUAUAUCUUCUUUACCUCAAACAAAUGGGAAACCUAUUAUCCCACCCGAUUGGGGUUCCAUGACAUUAGACAGCUUCGGACAGGAUAAUUGGUUGAGCGUGGAUUUGAUGUAUGGUGGAAAAGAGAAUAAAAAAUGGGCAGGUGUGGAAUACACUGCGAAAGGCGGUGAAGAAGUGGAUAAAAUGGUGAAAGCUCUGUGGGAUCAAAGAGGUUGGGAAUGUCUUUGGUUUGUUAACCCUCCGCGCCUUCAAUCCGUUCCAGGCCUGUCCCACUUUCAUGUACUGGCUAGACGAAAGACGCCCGAGGAGAUCGAUGCUUCUGAGCUUUUUUGGGGAUCGGACAAAUAA